AUGUCAGGAAAAUGUGGUCAACAAAAGAAAGAUAAUUUGCUUACCACUGCAUUUUCCGAACAGUCUUCAGUGAAGCAGUCGACUAAGCGACAGUAUUUUAGAAAUAUCUUUAUACUAUUCAUAUCCAUUCCGGAUUUGAAUACUAUCAUUUGGGAUAGUGGCAUUUCAAGUAUGAACUUUAAUGAAAGGAAUGAAUUUGACGAAAAUCCAGGUUACUGUUAUCAACCGCAGCAUUUAAUAUAUUCAGAACUAAUUCUGAAAUCACCAACUCAUUUCUCUUUCGACAUUGCACGUUUCAUAUUUCUUCUCGCAGUGCCAGAUGGAGUAUCCGAUAGUGACAGUAUCAGUUUUCGAUUCGAAGCGGACAUCGAUUAA